AUGGCAGACCCAACAUCCCACCCAACAUCGACUCCCGAAGCCGUCCUGCAAGAUGCAGACGAACUCGAAGCGGCACAAGACGAAGAGGCCCGCGUCCAGAAAUGCCUACGCGACGCGGAUGAGCUGAAGCAGGACGGGAACGAGCACUUCCGCGCGAAGCGGUGGAGUGAGGCGUUGGCGGCGUACCGCGCGGGCUUGGGCCGUCUGCCGAAGAGGCGGCCGCUGGAGACGGAGAGGGGUGAGGAAAGGGAGGCGGUUGAUGGGGAUGAUGGAGACGAACGUAGCGGAGAUGGCGAUAGCGGGGAGGAUAAGGAGGCUAAGGGGAAGGGGAAGGCAGAGGAGGUAGAGGAGAAGGCGGACGAGCCUGUACAGCCGCCGUCUAUCGAGGCUGAGCUGGAGUGUGCGCGUGCGAGAGCGAUCAUGAACGCGAAUAUUGGAGCGUGCUACGUGAAGCUUGAGGAGUGGAAGGACGCCGUGUCUACAUGUUCGGAAGCCCUCAAGGAUGACCCAAAUUACAUGAAAGCUUUGCAACGACGAGCAUUGGCGAACGAGAGGAUCGGGAGCUGGUCCUCAUUAUCCUCAGCACAAGAGGACUACAACACCCUCCUAACGAUCCUUCCAUCUGACUCGCCUCAACGAGUAGCCAUCAACCGGGCCCUUGCGUCGCUCAAGCCUCGAGUAGAAGCAGCGCAGAAAGCAGAGACCGCCGAGAUGCUUGACAAGCUCAAAGGAUUGGGAAACAACAUCCUCGGGCGGUUUGGCAUGUCGACGGACAACUUCCAGUUCACUCCAAACGGAGAAGGCGGAUACUCGAUGAACUUUGUCCGGUAG